AUGGUCAAAGCAGCAUUGCCACUUGCUGUCACAAGGGAGUCUCUGACUUAUGCAGACAGACAGCUUGUACUGAAUCCCAUUCAUAAUGAUAUUCAAGUUGAAGAAUUGAAACGGACAUAUUCUAUUCAAAACAGCUUACUCGCCAGAAAAAACGAGGAGCUGCAACUUCGAGUGACAAAUUUAGAGAACCAGCUUUUUCAGACUCAAAAGCAAGUUCUUACCCUCAGAAAUGAAAAAAUACAGUUGAACGAGAAGAUGAAAUUAAACUCCAAGCAUUUUAAUGACGUGAUAGUAAGCUCGCUUGACAAGCUGAUGAGUGAAUACAGAACUUUUAUGGCUGACGUUGGAGUGGAGGUGAGUAAUAAACACAUUCCAGCGCAUCUUUCUCAAAAAAUAGAUAAUGAAGGGCAAUACAAAGCCACAGACUUUGAGCAUUACUGGCAAAAUAUAAAUGAUGAUUUACGGAGGCGUAAAAGUUCUUUAUUCAGCUUCAGAGGCAAUUCCUCAGACUCAGCGGAAAAUAUUGACACCAAAGCUGUUAUUCCUAUAUCGGAAGGAGCCUUGGAGGAAGACCAGCUUGAUACUUUGGUUGAAAAAGAAGAGGAGGCUCCACUGGAACCCGAAUAUGAGGAAGAAAACUCUACUAACAUACCUGUGAAGAGACAACCCAUGAUCAUGGAAAAAAUUGAUAGUCAUCAGCUGACACAUAUACCAUUUCUUGGAGUUUCUAAGAGCACAGAAGAAGGAGCUCACAAGCCUCUCCUAAUUGAGGAGGAUCAUGAUAGUGGCAAUGAUGAGCUUUUCAACCAACCUAUUGUUUCACCACCGGACUCGCCCAGCAAAGCAGAUCAGCCUGCAAGGUUGAGUUUAGGUACCGAUGGGGAGGCUGGUGUUUUAUCUUGUGAUGAAGAAAAGGAGGGUGAAGUGCCUGGUGUGGAAAAGUCUGCAGUACAGAAGGUAGCAAAAACGAGGAGAGGCAAGAUUCCAAGAGAACUCAGGAAUUUAGACACAGAAAAAACCAAAAAAUGGCUUGGAAUGGAUCCACUGGACGAUGUUGGGGAAUCUACGAGUGAAAGAAGGAAGAGUAGAAGACGGUCGCUGGUGGUGAAUUAUCAGCUUCCUUCUCUGAAACAAAAGAUGAGGAGGUCGUCUGGACGGUUUUCCAAUGUCGUUUAUACUGAUGAGGACCAAGAGAACAGAGUGAAGAAGCCAAAGAGCAGCAAGAACCGCAAUGCUUUAAGGAAUAUAACCAACAUAAGUCAAGCUGUCAGUCGAGAUAGCCCUGAAAAGAGUGAUCGGGAAAGGUCUAUUUUUGACUUGGAGAAUGCCGAUAUUUUUGGCGAAUACAAGAGUGGAACUUUGAAAAACAGAGGUAGAAGUAGGGACGAGGUCUAUGACAUGCUCCUAUGA